CCGUCUGAGCGCAGGAGCACCACGCCAAAAGAUCAGCUCAAAAACACUUCAUAACACACAGCUCCACUCAGCUCCGGUGUUUUUAAUCUGUAAGUGUUUUCUGGCGUGGAACUGGAGAGGAGGAAGCGAGAGAGGGGGAAAUCAUAUAAGCCGAAAGGAAAUGCCAAUCGCCACUACUGGUCAUUCAGCGUCUCGAGAGCCCCGUGUCUGUUCCCCGGACCCCGUCCCCAAGCGUGCUGAUUUAUGCGAGGGCGCAGGGGCCCAGCCAACAGAAUACGGGGGUUCGGAGGGGGGCCACAGCCUGGGCAGCACUAGACUCUCUGGAGCGCUUGAGAGCUCUUCUGCGGCAUCUUUUUCACCUCCCACUUCCCCUUUCCUCCACCACCACCACCACCACCAUCAUCAUCACCACCCCCAUCCAGUGACUAUGGAGCCCCCCAGGACUCGAUCACGCUCGCGGUCAGGAUUUUACCAUGGUGGAUUAUCUAACUCGAACGGUAAUGCUGGGAGUGGCGGCGGCGCGUUAAGUCCAGCUGGAGGACUAAGUCACCACCACCACCACCACCAACAACAGCUCGGAGCUGCUCAUGGACACACGGAAAACCUGCGCCCUCCCGGGAACAUGCUUUCCCCGGGCGCCCACAGACACACAGGGCCUGGAACGCACAGAAACUCCGGAGCAGGUGCAAUGGGAGGAGUAUACCACUAUCAUUCAGAGCAUGCGUGUGCUGACGCCACUGACAAGACGGAGGACUCUCCUAGUCCAAAGAGGCAGCGUCUUUCUCAGCAGUCUGUACUGGAGUUUACCUCUGCCCCUCCUUCCACACCCUCUCCACCAAUCAGACCAUGGGAGCUUCCACCCAGUCGCAGGCCACACCCCUAUCCCCAUCCACACUACCACCCUGAACGCUGCCACACACCUGCACGACACAGACGCAGUCCUCCAGUGCGGCGUCAGCGUGGCCGGCGCGAGCGUCUGUCACGGCACCAUCCCCCUCAUGGGUCCCCGGGUGGAGGACAGGAUGAAAACUAUCGCCACCCUCCUCACCCACAUUCGCUUCAUCCCUACGGCCAGCCACCAUCCCACCCUCCACCCGGCCUAGAUGAGCCCCGGGCCUUUCACCCCCCUACGCUCUCUCCACGGUUAUUGCACCCUCCUCAGCAGGGAGCCAUGGUGAUGGACCUCCAUGAGCAGCUCCCUCAGGGUACAGUGCCGGUGUCAUAUACAGUUUCUCCAGUGCCGCCCCAUGGUCUACCUGCCCCCCUCUGUACAGGACAGCAUCUCCCAGCAUGCUCUUCUCAACAGCAGGUGCCUGCCUGUUCUGUGGUCUUCAGUGGACAGCAACACUAUCCAAUCUGUAGUGUACCGCCUCCUAUGCUGCCGGCAUGUUCAGUUCAACAUUUGCCAGUGCCGUACGCCGCAUUUCCUUCUCUUCUCUCCAGUGAUCCACCCUUCCUGCUUCAUCCGCCACAUCUAUCACAUCAUCCGCCCCACCUCCCUACGCCUGGACAGUUCUUACCCUUCCAGACGCAACAGUCUCGAUCUCCGCUGCAGAGGAUAGAGAAUGAGGUUGAGUUGUUGGGGGAACACCUGUCGGUAGGUGGAGGAUUUAACUAUCCUCAUUCGGGACAUCCCAGUCCUCUUCCCCCUUCCACCCCGCUGCAGUUCCUCUCCCAUGAACCCCUGCCCCAGGAGCUCUUCGGAGUGCCGUAUCCACACUUCAUGCCUCGGCGAAUCACAGGCAGACGUUACCGCUCUCAGCAGGCUGUACCUCCACCUCCGUACCACCCAAGUCUGCUGCCCUACUUCCUAUCUGUUCUUCCAGUCCAGCCGACAGCAGUGGGUCCCACCAUUAGCUUAGAGCUGGAUGUAGAUGAUGGAGAGGUUGAGAAUUAUGAGGCUCUGUUAAACCUUGCCGAGCGCCUUGGAGAAGCGAAGCCUAGAGGUUUGACAAAAGCCGAUAUCGAACAGCUGCCUUCCUACAGAUUCAACCCCAGCAACCAUCAGUCAGAGCAGACUCUGUGUGUAGUGUGCAUGUGUGACUUUGAGUCUCGUCAGCUGUUGAGAGUACUGCCCUGUAAUCAUGAAUUCCAUGCCAAGUGUGUUGACAAAUGGCUCAAGGCUAACAGAACCUGUCCUAUUUGCCGAGCAGAUGCCUCUGAGGUCCAGCGGGAUUCUGAGUGACGCUGCUCACUGAACAUGCACACACACACACACACACACACACACACACACACACACACCCACCACUAAACACUUCAGUCAUUCUCCUACCCUGUUACAUUCAAUUAACUUCCACAUGCAUAAUUACUCCUUGCACACAGAUGACUGCUGCAAAAUAUUCAUACAAACUUUAUGCAUCAAAAUCAUCAUUUGAUAUUCAUCUAUGAAUAUCCAUCUGAGACACGCACACAGACACACACACACAGACAGACACACACAUCCCUUUGGUUGUUUGAUCACUAAUUCUUUGAGUGGAAGUCCAAAGAUUAUGGUUAAUAUUAUCAUUCUGGUUAUGUUCUGGUUCUGAUAUUUUUUUUUUUUUUGUUUUUUUUUUUUUUUUUUUUUUAAUAUAUAAAUAUAUAUAGUUUAGUUCUCCCCUUUUGGGGGCGGGUGUUGGUAUGUUGCAGUCUUAUGUGAGUGAGUGAGUGUGUGUGUGUGUGUGUGUGUGUGUGUGUGUGUGUGUGUGUGCACUAACAUUCCCGGCUAUGUGAGCACACUGUGGUGUGGUGGUCUUUACGAAGGUUAAUGUUGUGAGCAUGGGCUUUUAUAUUUUACCAACAAAUAUAGCUAUAUAUAAAUAUGUAUGUAUGUAUCAAUAUAGAGGGACAAAUUACAAAAUUCAUACUUUUUUUUUUUUUUUUUUCUUCAAAAAAAGAAUUAUGGAACACUGUCUUUUUUUCAAAAAUGGAACAAAAGAUUCAAAUUAUAUCUAUACAUAAAAUGGGGCUUUUGGGUAGAUCUUGCUCAAUUAUGAUUUAGCAGUCUUUAUAGAAUUGGAAAACUGUGAGUGUGUGUGUGUGUGUGUGUGUGCACGCUUUUGUGUGAAAGAGAGAGAGAGAGUGUGUGUGUGUGUGUGUGUAUAUUAGAGAAUCAGUUGUUUGUUAUUUAUCCCAUAUGUAUGGUACAGAACACUGGCUUGUCGCUCUCACUUUUAUUCUUGUCUGGGAUUGGCUGAGGAUGCGCACUGACAUGACAUGUGAUUGGUUUGGAGGGGCAGUGGAAUUCAAGUUCCUAUUAGGUAUCCUGCUGCAAUUUUUUUUUCCCGUUUUUCUUUGCCGCCUGUCACAUUUUCCAUCUACAAAACACAAAUGACCUUUUUUUUUUUUUUUUUUUUUUUUUUUUUUUAUUAAAUAAACCUUUAAAUCUGUAUUUCUAAUCCAUAGCCAGUCCUGCAGAUUGAUUAUGUAAUCAAACCACUACUUUUCUCAUUUAGCACUUAGUGUCAUAGUUUACUCAAAAAUGAACAUUUGUGGAAAAUGUGGAAAGUUUACUCACCUUUAUGAAUUUUCCUCUUGUUGAUCAGAUAUUUUGAAGAAUGGCGGUAACCCAGCAGUUUACCUCCAAGACAUUUUCCUCCCAAACUAUAAGGCUACCAGCAACUGUUGGGUUACCAACAUUCUCCAGAAUAUCUGUUGUCAACAGAAGAAAGAAACACUAAUAGGGUUGUAAAAACUUGAGCGUAAUUCAAAUUUAGCUAAAAAAAAAAAAAAGUCCCUUUAAGACGUUAGGUUUCAUUUUCACAAAUGAGUCGUACGCCAGUUAACCUUGUAGCAGAGUUACAAUACCCCCGAGUUUACCAAAAUUUAGGUCAUUAUUUGAUUUCAUAUGCCUUAAAAUUUAGUAAUCAAGGACUCGCUCAUGGGUAUGUGUAUGUACAAUUCCUGGUCAAAUAGUGCUGAUUAUAUCGUAGUGUUUCCGUUUCUUUAAAAAGGACAGAUUCUGCAGGACAAAGCGGAGGGCAGCACACACACAGACCCCUCGGGAAAUGCGCCGUUUUAAGUACCUUCCCUUUAUCCCUGCAAGGCUCUUGGUCUUAGUAAACGGUUUGUCUCUUGUCCUUUCAUUUGCUCUCUCACUGCCCUCUCUAUUAUUAUUAUUAUUUUUUUUUUUUUCCCAAACAGCCUUCCAGUGCACACACUCAUAUAGCCUCCAUAAGGCUGUUAUAGCCAUUCAUAGCCAUGUGCGUUACUUUAUAAUGAAUGCCUGAGAUAUGAGGGGUGUUUGUGUGCGUAUGAUUUGUUUUCUGUCAUGCAUUGUUAUCGUUAUGAAUGGAUAUAACUGCCUCUGUGUUGCAUUAUGUGGGCUCUAUGACUGGUGUAGAAAGUGUCAUAUGAAUUGUGAUGUAGUCUCAGAGCCUGCAGUGUCUUAAUGAGAGAUGCCUUUAAACCAUUCUCCAGUGUUGUCCGCUUUAGUGUCAUAAGUCGAAUUCAUGACCAGAAAAUUAUGAAUUCUUUUUUUUUCUUUGCAAACAACAAAUGUGCAUUACCUUACUUCAAUUGUCAUUCUGUGUUAUAGAAGUUUUAUUUUUCCCUGCUUGGUACAAUAGCAGUUACCUCAGUUUUACUAUUUAUGUUUUUUUUUUCCCCUUAAUCUUUUGCAACACCAAUAAGAGAGCUUAUGAAUUCUCUUGCAUUUGUUUAUUGGUUGUUUUAAUUCUUACCAUUAAAAAUACAAUUGUAUCAUUUAACAUGUUGUAGUUUCAUAUGUAUAAUAUCUGUAACCAAAAUCAUUUGAAGGCUUGAUAUAAAAAUUUUUAACAAACA